CGACUCGUUUUCCAACGCCACUCAGCGGUGUCUCACGGAGGUUUGGAAGCGGGUGGGGAAGAGUCGAGCUUCGGCUGACCCUAAUAAACCAAACUUAGAGCGACGUGGGGCUACGGGGUCGCCCUCACUAGUUCUUUUAAAUAAUUGGGAUAUCGCCUCACCCGCCUUCUCAUAUCGCUCCACACCUACUCGCCCUCCUAAUGUCGGAUUUCAAGCUUGGGAUUGUUCGACUUGGCCGUGUGGCCGGGAAGACAAAGUACACACUGAUUGAUGAGCAGGACAUACCAUUGGUGGAAAAUUAUGCCUUUGAGGCCCGCAUGGAGGUAGAUGCUGAUGGUAACGGGGCUAAAAUCUUUGCAUAUGCCUUCGACAUUGGCAAAGGCCGCUGGGCUGGUCGGCCAUUGCACGAGCUUCUCUGGGAGAAGCACAGAGGUGGAAUUGCUCCUAGUUUUCAAGUUGUUCACAUAAACCAGGUCACUGUGGACAACCGCCUCGACAACUUACGCCUGGUGCCUGUGGGAUGGACUCCGAAACCAGAGGAGCUGUCCAGCAAACAAAGAGAGCAGUCCUUGUACUGGCUGGCCAUCCAGCAGGUGCCUGCCGACCCCGUGGAGGAGCAGUACUUGGAGUUGAGCCGCACGCGCUACUACAACGCCAACGGCGAGCUGGUGGAGGAGGAGGAGUGCUCGUGCACUUACUACGAGUGUCACUACCCGCCCUGCUCGCUCAUCGAAAAGAGACUGAGGGAGUUCAACAUAUGUGGACGCUGCCAGGUGGCACGCUACUGUGGCUCCCAGUGCCAGCAGAGAGACUGGCCAGCCCACAAGAAACAGUGCCGCGAACGCAAGCGGGUCCUUGCCCUGGAGUCGGAACCGGAGCGGUGAUCCAUUCGGCCGAACCCACAGUCAGAGCUGAGGGAUUGGAAGAGGAGGGGAAAAGGAGAUAUUUUUGGGGGGUGGGUGGGUGGUGAGACCUAUGAAUUGACGUGCGAAAAAAAAGGCGGGGGGGGGGGGGAAUAUCUGCUGAUGGACAAAGUUGACCGGGGGGGUGAAGUUGGUUGGUAGCAUGGGCCGAGUAAAAAAAAAAAAAGAGGGAAAAAAGAAAAAGUAUACUUCCCUGAACUGUCAAAUACCUGUGGCUUGCCUAGCAAGCCAUAAGGGGAACACGGGAAAUCCAUAUUUUUUUUUUUUGGUGACAAAACAUUUUUUUCCCUUUCAAAAGGGCAACCUCAAAGCUCUACCUGCUGCUAUGGAUGUGUAUUUUUGGGUAUGAAGGAAAACAAGAAGAAGAAGAAGAAGAAGAAGUAAAAACCUAAAGAGAGAAGUCACACUGAACUCUUUUCUUCGAUUGACUGCAUUUUAAGUGUCGACGGUCAGCGUGAACUCUCACUCCUCUCAUCCGUUUUCCUUCCUCUCCCCUUCUCGCUGGCCUUCCCUUCUCGCCUGCCCGCCUGCUCACCCCCAGCUUCACGUCAGCCCACGCUGGCUUUGAGGGACUCUACCUGCUGUAACACCGAUGCUACGGAUCACGGACCUCUUCACUGUACCACCCCUGUUGCACCCCUGUUGGACUGCAGGCUCACAUGACUCGCAUUAUCACCUCCCGGUCAUACACCUGCCAAGAGCACCCAUGCUCACGUCUGGCCCUUCACACUACCAGUAUUGUGUGAGUGUGUGUGUGUUUGUAUAUAUGUAUGUAUGUAUGUAUGUAUGUAUGUAUGUAUGUAUGUAUGUAUGUAUGUAUGUAUGUGAGGGUGCAUGUGUGUAUGAGAUGCCCUUAUUGACUGAAGGACAUGUAUGAAGUGGUUAUUGUUAGGGGGCGGGGGGGGGGUUGUUUUUUUGUCUGUCUACUUUUUUGGGGGUGGGGUUGGGGAGGGUAUGUCUUUUGUGUUUGCUCACUUGUCAAGAUGUUCUAUAGUCCUCCCCUCACGAAAUCCAGAUGCAUUAAUUCUGCGUAUGCUGCCGCAGUGUCCGGUUGACCGUUCCAGCUGAUUGUCCACAUCCACUUGUCUCCCAGUCUCGCAUUUGAGGGAUGUCCUGGGAAAAACUUGAAAAAUCCACAUACCUAAGUUGACUCAGAGAUGGGUGUUUUUUCUUUGCCCUUUCUUUUUUUAGUGUGAGAAAGGAGCUUGUUAUUUGGAUUCCAGUUUUGUUUUAUUUUUUUUUUUUAACGUCAGCAACUUAUGGUAACUUAUCUUAAUAAUAAAUUCAAUUUCACAAAUCACCACCUCUGUUUGUGUAAAGGAUGUGCAUACAUGCCCGAAGCGUGUCUUCCGUCAGCGCGGAAGGUGAUCAAGGCCCAGCCCUGACAAACACCCACACCUAAGUGUGUUAGCAGCAGUCACGAUGUGACGAGUUGUUUUGUUUGUUUCGUUUUGUUAAUGAUUUUGACAUUUUAUUUAUCUGGAUGGGGUGAAGCACUGUGCACUGAGUAUUCUCACACUUUUCUGUGUUUAGGGGGAGAGAUGUCAGAGUGAGGGCUGUCUGGGAAAUAUUUUUUUUUCUAAGAAUAUUACAGUACAAGAAUAAUUACAUAGAAUAAAGAAUAUGUGAAUGGGCAUAAAAGGUGGUAAUAACUGACCAUCUCUCAUCACUGUAAAUUAAUAAAAGAAAUUAAACCAAAAGAAA